UUUUAUUUCACUCCUUUUUUGAUUUUCACAAUGCUGCGCGCAGUUUCGUCCACGCUCUUCCGAUCGGCCGUCGCCUCGUCGCGCCUCGCCACCGUCCCCGCCCAGGCCACCCAGGUCGCUGCCGUCCGCGCCUACUCUGCCGGCCACCACGUCGAGACCGACGCUCAGUUUGAUGCCCGCUGGCUCGCCUACUUCCAGGACCCCAACCUCGACCUGUGGGAGCUCCGAAACGGCCUGAACACCCUGCUCGCACACGACGUCAUCCCGGAGCCCGCGAUCGUCGCCGCUGCCCUUCGCCAGGCCCGCCGCCACAACGAUUUCGCCCUCGCCGUCCGCACCCUCGAGGCCAUCCGCGUCAAGUCCAACCUUGACAAGAGCAUCUACCCCUGGAUGAUGAAGGAGCUCAAGCCCGUCAUCGAUGAGCUGCACAUUUCUCUGCCCGAGGAGCUCAACAUCCCCAAGCUCUCCUGGUAAAAUGGUGAAGAAAAAAAAAAUUGGGCGAGUUUGCCAGAACAGCAAGAUAUUCCUCCCAAGCGCCCAAGCGGCGUUUUUUUGGUGAUCAAAAGCAUGCUGCAUUGUUGCUUGUUUGUAUCUUGUGGCUGUCAGUUGUCUGAUGUGUUGCUUGUUUUGAACGUUAUUGGUGUGAGUGAGCAUGUUGUACAAAACCUUUUUUUUUUGUGUU